GCACAAAACCUGCACCUGUUUCCUGGGUGGAAGCUGUUCAUGUAACGCCCACAUGCACAGUGUCUGCACCAGAAUAUAAGGAUGCAUACAUCUGGACAUUCACAUGAACAUCCUCUCAUCCAACACAGAGUAAGACAUCUCUGAAGAAAACAGUUCACAUCAUUUAUAAGAGAUCAGAAGCGAAGAUGAUUUCAACAGCUGUUAAAAGCACAAAGAGCCUUCACCAACUAUCAAGGCACAUUCACAAGUCAUCUGCAAAAGUGGCUGACGAAAACCAGUUAGAAGAAUCCGUCACCAACAGUUUUGCCUCAUUCAUCCAUGAGAUCCGCCCCGAUCACCUCUCUGAUAUUGUGCGGCACAGAAGUAAGCGCAUGAUCCUGGACAGCAUUGGGGUCGGACUGGUUGGUAGCACAACUCAUGUCUUCAAUAUCGUGGUGAAAUACUGCCAGGAUCUAUACUUUUCAACAUCUAGAAAUUCUGCCCUUUGUUCAGUCUAUGGACAGAAAGGUUUAAAGCUCUCUCCAACCCUGGCUGCCUAUGCCAAUGGAGUUGCUGCUCACUCCAUGGACUUUGAUGACACAUGGCAUCCUGCCACACACCCUUCUGGUGCCGUGCUUCCUGCCAUCCUGGCACUGUCACAGAUACUUUCACAAGGCAGAGAGAUCAGUGGUGAGGAACUGCUGACGGCUUUCAAUGUAGGGAUUGAAAUACAAGGAAGACUUAUGGGUUUCUCCAGCGAAGCAAAGAGCAUUCCUAAAAAAUUUCAUCCACCAUCCGUGGUUGGCACCAUGGGAAGUGCUGCAGCAUCAGCCAAACUCCUCUCAUUAGAUAAAGAUCAAUGCACUCAUGCCCUGGCGAUUGCAGCCUCCCUUGCUGGUGCUCCAAUGGCAAAUGCUGCCACCCUGGCUAAACCCCUGCACAUUGGCAAUGCCACAAGGUUAGGUCUGGAAGCUGCUAUCCUGGCUGCUAAGGGAAUGGAGGCCAAUACUCUCAUACUUGAUGAUGUGCCUGGCUGCGCUGGGUUUAGUGCAUUUUAUGGCGAUUACCAGCCUACGUCAUUAUCUCCACCAGGAAAACAUUAUGAAUUUCUCCUUGAGAAGCAAGACAUUGCAUUCAAGUCUUUUCCUGCACAUCUAGGAAUGCACUGGGUCGCUGAUGCUGCUGUCUCAGUUAGGAAUCGAGUUGUCCAACAAUAUGGCUCAUUUGACUCAUCCGCUAUUCAGUCUAUUGUUCUUAGAGUUCCAGUAUCCAAAUACAUUAACAGGCCCUAUCCAGACUCAGAGCACCAGGCUCGUCACUCUUUCCAGUUCAAUGCCUGCACCGCACUCCUGGAUGGCGAAGUCAACAUCCGCUCCUUCCAUGAAGAUACCAUGUUUCGUACAGAACUCGAGAAUCUCCUGAGCAAAGUGGUGGUGGAACAUCCUCAAGAUAAUGAAGCCAACUUUGACAAGAUGUAUGCAGAGGUGGCUGUGCUGCUGAGAAAUGGGGAUCUGGUGACCGGGAAAUGUGACACUUUUUAUGGGCAUUGGAGAAAACCACUCAGCCGGGAAUCACUGCUGAAGAAAUUCACCUCCAAUGCCAGACAUGUCCUGCAGGAGAACCAGGUGCAAGGAGUAAUACAGAUAGUAGACAAUCUGGAGAGUGUCAAAGACAGCUCCCUACUGCCAUUGCUACUUCAGUAACUCACAUAAGAAUAACUUUGACUCUGUUUACAACAAUCCUAAUGCGGGACUUUAGGAGGAUACUGUAUUUAUUAAUCAGUGUACAGUAUAGUAUUUAUGAUAGAUAUUUCUUAUCGGAUGUAUGACAAAAAUGAUGUUGCUAAAGUUCUACAAUAUGUAACAUAGAUCUCAAAAAACAAAAAUAGUUAUAUAUUGAAAGAGCAUCAUUAUUACUUUGCUAAAAUGAUUUUAAAGAUGGACAUCAUCAUUCCCUAAAUCUCUGGUCUAUAAUAGUCCGAUGUGUCUGGUGAGGUUUGGCAACUUCUAAAUUCACCACAAGCUCCGUAUAUUAUGGGCAUAAUAAUGAUAUUGAGGACUUACAUUUCAUGGUGAAGCAAAAUCCUUUCCCAUCAGACACCCUAGUGCACAUGUGACAUACCCUCCCUCAGUUGCUCAGUUAUAUAAGUGUGCUAGAAUAUAUUGUGCAUUAAGAUGUACUAUUAGGUGUAAUCAUUUCAUGACAUCAAUAAAUCAUGAGACGCCAGGUGUCACGUGCCUCACUUAUCUUACUGGAUCCUAGUGAAUUAAUAAUCUGAAUAUUGCUUAGGCUGACUAAAUGGUAUCCGGUCUCUAGGUCGACCACACUUAGGUCGACAGUCAUUAGGUCAACCAUUAUUGGCCGACAUGCAUUAGGUCGACAUGGUUUCUAGGUCAACAUGGUCACUAGGUCGACAUGACAAAAGGUCAACAUGAGUUUUUCACAAUUUUUUUCAUUCUUUGAACUUUUUCAUACUUUACGAUCCAUGUGGACUAUGAUUGGGAACAGUAACCUGUGCCAAGCACAGUGGUAGUGGAGCAAGGAACCUUGCCCGAAGCAUGGUGAGUGAAGCGAGCCAUGCGAGGGGACACCGUGCACUAAUUGGGGUUCCCGGUCAUUCUAUGAAGAUAACGACACCAAUUUUUUCCCCUUCAAAAAACUCAUGUCGACCUUUUGUCAUGUCAACUUUGCUUAUGUCGACCUAUUUUGGGUGUCGACUUAGUCACUGUCAACCAAUAGUGGUCUACCUAGACACUGUCGACCUAAGUGUGGUCGACCCGUUGAACCACACCUGACUAAAUGAGCGUAGGAUGAGAAAUGGUGGGUUAUACUAUUUCUCCUGACCAUUUACAGGCACCCUAUUAAAUACUGAUAUAUUUUGCUUUUUAGCACAUAUAUUUCUUAAACUGUUUUUUUUUUAAAGAAUAUUUACAUUUAUUUAUAUUUUAGUGUGCUUAUAGGUGCCUGUUCAGAAGUGUCCACAUGUGAAAUGCAGAUGUUGCAUUAUUUACAUAUGUAAAUAUACAGAAUAUUAA